AUGGUCUCAUUAGAGACGGUGAACACCCCCAUAACACCACCACCUCACACGACCGGCGCGGCUUCUGAGGCACCACCAUCCGGUGGCUCGCUACCUUCCGUUGCAACAGUUGUGCCUUCUGUCACAACCCACAUACCAAUACUCACACUAAAUAGCGUAACCCCACCGUUAUUCCCCAACGAUGGUGGACCCAAUCGUCCCAUUUCACCUCCUAUACCGCUAUUUUUUCCCAACACUGGCGGAUUAAACAACAUCGGUUACAGCUUCUUACCACCACCCAUACACACCACAAAAAAGCAACGACAAAUGACACUCAUAACACCACCGUUAAAUGGGAUACCCUCGCUCAGGCACACAACGCCGAAGAAUAGCACUGCUGAUGGCCCAAGCUGUUGGAAUAGUGUCUAA